UACUCAUAUUAUUUUAUGUUCAAUCAGUUCUGAUGUUUAUAGUGAAGCGUCCACACUUAGUCACUUGACGCGCGUGAAUUUUCGAGUAUUUCUCUUUUGUAAUUCUCCAAAAAAAAACAGUUGAAAAAAUCACACCGGUUUUCAUUUGGUUGAAAAAUAUGAAUUUUUUUGGUGGGAAAAAUACUGUGUGUAUCACAUUUUAAAAAUUGAGCAAAAAUCUACGAUUCGAAGAGUGAUUUAUUGUUUCGUCAGUUGUUUACUAUUUAUUGAAUGAUAGAGAGCCUCAAAUAAUCCAAAAAGUCGUUGUUUUAAAACAAAUCAUCCAAUGUUUGGAUUUUAUUCCAAAAAAAAAGUGAACACAGUUGGUUUUUUGUAGUUCAAAUAGAGACAGAGACAUAUAUAAACAACGCAAGCCACGAAAAUUGCAUUGAAAAGAAUAGUCAAAAUACUCAUACAGUCGUUGGUGCUUAAUUUAUUUCGAUAAUUCAAACGGUUUUUAAAUUAAGCAAGUUUUUUUUUCGUUUCAAUAGAAACGCUUACAAGUCAGUAACUCUUAAUAGACAGUGUUAAUUUGUGAAUAUAUUGGUGAAAUAAAUUGUUUGCAAUAAAAAAAAAUUAAAAUGAAUUCGACGAUAGAAUCAUCAUCAAUUGUUGGAAUGGCAGCACCACCGCCACCGCCACCUCCUCCACCACCAAUGCUCAAUGGAAUAGAAAAUGGACGAUCUCAACUAUUGGCCGAUAUUCGCAAGGGAUCCACGCUAAAAAAAGCACCAAACUUGAAUGAUUCAAACCAUAAUGAAUUAUCAGCGAGUGAUAAAUUGAAGAAGCAAACGCAAGACUUGUUGCAAGCCGAACUGACAAGCACAUUGAAACGUCGAAAGCCCAUUGUGAUUAACGAGCCUCCAAAGUACGAGUAUCCCACUUACAAUGACAACAACGAAAACAACGCUAAUGUUAGCAAUAAAAACAAUGAGUCAUCGCAUUCCAUCGCAAACACAACCAACGUCACAAAGCCAUUGAAUGUAAACGCUGUUUUAUCGGUUGUGUCCGGCAUAAAGAUACCAGAUGUUCAAUAUGAUGCAAAAUCGUCGACUGCAUUGAAAACACAAUCGAACGAAAAGCCGAAAAUAAGUCACGGUAAACCGAAUUUUAUGAUUAAUACCAAGGAAAUUAAACCAAUAAAUGGCAACGAAUCAACUAGUCUCAAAACGAAAAUUAAAUCACCUGAAAUUAACGAAACGAAAAAAUUACAUCGUCCUAGUUUCUUUACAAAAACAAACAAUCUAACGACCGUCUAUAAAUCAAGUGCCAAACCCACAGUCGAACCCAAUUCUGCUGAGUCGCAAGUUGAAAAAUGCAAGUCUAUCUUUUUGAUAAAGACACAAAAUAUUGUCGAUGAUAGCCCAUCAAAACCAUCACCAAAAUUGCAACAGAAAACCGAUCUUAUUUCGAAAUUUGAGAAUAUUCCGACGACAAAAGGUGCAGAUCAACAACUGCCGAAUAAAAAAAUUACCGAAAAUGUUAAGAAAUCAUCUGUAGACGAAACGAAUGGCAUUUCAUUUGCCAAUGUAGCGAAUAAGAAGGCUUUGUUCGAACAAAAACCUGAACAAACCACUCCGAAAUUAAAUGGGCUGAAAAAUACAGUAAACAAUUCUGAAGUGUCAAGCAAACCAACUGCGGUGGCUCCAAUUUUAAAUGGAAAAUACAGCACAUUGAACAGUCCACGUAUGAUGAAUCAAACGAAACCUGGUGUUACAACCGUCACUCUGAAUAAAAACGCAACGUACGGUCCAUUGGGACGGCCUUUGGUUGCAGCCAACGAUCGGGUUGAUCAUCAUUUCGAAAGAACGGUGCACACUGUCAACGAAACUACAUCGACCAUCAACGGCAAAUAUGAGACAAAACAAUUUGAACAAAAGACCAUCGUAUCAUUUUCGAAGGAUUUGCACAGCGCAACAAAUAAAUAUCCCGAACAGAUUCGUGUGAAAAAGACAAUGGUCACAGAACGUUCGGCAAUUCAAGACAAUCCAUUCCAGAACAUCCGUUUUUCUAUUAAAACCGAUGGCAACGUCAUUCCAAAAGCCAAGUGAUUUCUUUUUUUUUUAUUCUCUUCUCUUUUUUUGUA